AUGGCUAACUCCCCGACCAGUAUCGAGACGCAAAUAGACAGUUUCUUGGAACAAUUUAAGAGAAGUGCCUCGAAGGCUGUGGAGGAGCGGAUGGACUGGCCUGACGGUCCAUCACCAACAGGCAUCGUCAAAUCACGCAGCAGCUGCUUCACCUUAGAUUAUCUUGCAGUGGGAUUGGUUUUUGCACUCCUCGCACCUCGAUUUGGUGUGAAAAAGAGUAGCGUCGGCAUAACGAUGUCUUUUGAGAAGAUGGAAGUGGUGAAUCCGGCUGAAAAAGAGGCUAGUGAAGUGUUGCACUCCUUGUUAUCUGUCGAGAGGCGCAGUGUGGAUAGCAAAGAGGCGAUUAUCGUUUCAAUACCGUCUGACCAGAAUGGAGGAGGCGAAUAUGGAGAAAGCACCCAAUGGCAUACCCCUGUUAUGGGCCAACAUUCGGUGUUUGAGCUUGGAGGCGCGCAAAAUAUGCAACAACAUAAUUAUAAUGGACAUCAAGAGCAGGUUUUAUGGCAAGGCCAUACGAUUCAAGUGGAAAAUGGGGAUGGAAAUAUGCAAGGAAUGCCCACCCAAUAUAGCCUAGAAUUUGAGACCAAUGUGGAAAAUCAAGAGAUGGAUGUAGAGACUAAACCUAAAAUGGAAAAAAAGGCAGUAAUUAAGCGAAAGAAGAAGGUAGCAGAGUCUGAAAGCGAUGACGAAGUGCUUGGAAACGCAUUGGAAGAUAAUCCUGAACAGGUAAAAGAAAGAUUGAAGAGAGGCUGUGAUUGCAAAGACAACUGCUAUCGUGGACUGAACCCAGAAGCCGUAUACCGCCACCGUCUUAACAUAGCUGAAUUAACUAAAAGUGAACAUGAUAUGUAUUUAAUGGGCAUCACCAUGGCCAGUCUUGCGAAUCCAGCAGAAACCUCCCGGCACAAAGUCAGAAGGAGAUUAAGGGCAUGUUAUGUAUACCAAGGAAGGAAGGUCUGUUUAGAAGCUUUCUUGUACCUCGAAAAUGUUACCCAUUACCAGCUAAAACGCAUUCGACAACACGUGAUGACGCACGGGGUCGCCCCGCGCAUACACGGUAAUGUAGGUAAGAAGCCAUACAACACCUUCACAUUGGAUAUUUAUAAACAUGCAACUAACUUCCUAAAGGAGUAUUUAAAACAACACGCCAGUUCACCAAAAGAUGUUCAACCAUCCGCUGAAAGUGGCAAGAAGGGAACUAAGACUGUCAUUAUACAAGGUGAUUCCAGGAAACACUUGUUCGAAGCUUAUAAGGAGUAUGGAGAAAUUCUAGAGCCGGGAGUGAAACUAAUGGGCUAUUCAACCUUUAGGGCAUUUAUGAAGGACCAAUUCCCACAUGUGAAGUUCGCUACGAAGAAACAAGAAAUGUCUAAAGACAUGGUGCCAUUCCGUAGCGGUAAAUGCAUGAGUUACGAUAAAAAUAAAGACCCACUCAGAAUACAGCAAGAGAAGGAAAAGGCAGAGGCAAAGAAGGCAGCUAUUGAAGCGAAGAAGAAAGAAGAACACGAAAGAGAACAGCAGGCACAACAACAAGCUCAGCAACAGCAGCAACAACAACAGGUUCAACAGCAGCAGCAACAAGUUCAACAAGUACAAGUGCAACAUCAACAGAUGCAAAAUCAACCGCACGUUGUUAUACAUCAACAACAGCCGCAACAGCAGCAGCAAAUGCAACAACAGAUGUUAGUGCCUCAAGUUAGCCAGCACCAGCAGGUUCUAACACAACAAGUGGGUGGUGUACAGCAAGUGUCUCAGCAACAUUGUGUUCAGCCUCUCGGUGUGUCCGAAGAUAACGGGCAACCAGUGGAGAUGGCGCAACAAGUACACACAAUACCUCUAGCUGUAGUGCAACAGCCUCAACAGGCGUACGCUAUAGUCACUCCUGUUUCCCACUUUCAGACGAGGGUGCAAGGUGCUUGGUACAGGCAUUGA